GCGAAUUCCACGCAACCCGCCGAAGCACCCCGUCACCGGCGGUAUAUAAGAAUUGUAAACCCUCCAUUGAAGAAAGUUGAAUUUCAGAGGUGCUACAAGACCUUUCAUACAUUUAGUUGCUCAAAUCUACGCCAAAGUUCAAAAUCACCAUGAAGUUGUUGAUUGUUGCUAUCGUCUUGGUUGCCUCUAUCCAUGAGCAAAGCGCCAGCCCCGUGUACUUUUACGGUGGCGUUCCUUCCCUGGUCCUCCCUCGAGCAAUCCCCGUUGCUCCCUUCAAAGCUGCCCCCUGUGUCAACGCCAUAAAUCAACCCGUCCCAUGCAGACUUUUCAAGCGUGCUCCUGAAGAUGAGACCAUGGCCGCAGAAGAGUCCGCCGAAGAGUCCGCCGAAGAGCCCGCUGACAAUGCUGGUCAAGCUGUCACCAUUCCUUCCAUCACUGGCACUGUUGAGGCCAAGCCCGAGGAGCCUGCCCCCGUGAGCGAAGUUGUGGUUGAUGAGGCUGCUUCCGAUGAUGUUGCCACCAAAACCGAUGACGACACGACUGGUGAUGAGGUGACAGAGGAGUCUAGCGAUGAGGCCACAGAGGAAGAAUCCACCGAUGAGGUUAAGGAGGAAGAAUCCACCGAUGAGGUUAAGGAAGAAGAAUCCACCGAUGAGGUUAAGGAAGAAGAAUCCACCGAUGAGGUUAAGGAAGAAGAAUCCACCGAUGAGGUUAAGGAGGAGGAAUCUACCGAUGAGGCCCAAGAGAAAGCAUCCACCGAUGAGGUGAAGGAGGAGUCCGCCGAGGAGUCCGCCGAGGAGUCCGCCGAAGAAUCCGCCGAGGAGUCCGCCGAGGAGUCUGCCGAAGAGUCCGUUCCAAAGCCCGCUGAGGAGUCCGUUGACGAAUCUAGCGAGGAAAGCCAAGAUGAGGCAGCUAGCGAUGCUGUCGCUGCCAAGGCCGAUUCUGAUGAGGAGGAGAAGGAGGAAGCCUCAUCCACCACCGAAGGCGCCGCUGAGACCACCACUCUGGCUGAGAACGAGAGCACCACCGUUGCUGCCACUACUGAGGCCUCUGAAGAGACCACUCAAGCCGAGAUCGCAGCUGAUAUCCAAUAAAUGCAAGAAACACACAAUUUGUUAGAUCAUUGAAUCAUGAUAAUCAUGGUAUUCAGUACGUAUCAAAAGAAACAUAGAUAAUAGUAUAAAUCUUAUGUGCUUGCUCGGAAGCAAUAAAAAAUCUCCCAAAUUGUCA